GUGAGCUGGGCUUGGGCAGCAGCCGGGUUGCUUUGAGAUCUCCUUUGGAGAAGAAGGAGGGAAAAGGGGUGGGGGGAGGAAGAAGGAGAGAAAGAGGAAGCGAGGCGCCACCCGCUUUGCAUCUUCUCCGGGGGUGGGGGAGCCUUUGGGGCGCAGAGGAGGAGGAGGAGGACGACGACGGAGGCACCCCAACCCCGAAGCCAGAGACAAAAGGAGAGCUUCAUGUUCAAAGGCCCAGCAGAAACCAAGCCUGAAGCAGCCAUGUCUGAAGUGGUGCCAGAGCCCAGGCCAAAGCCAGUGGUGCCAAUGAAACCUGUUGGCAUUAAUUCUAACCUACUAGGCUACAUUGGAAUCGACACCAUCAUCGAGCAAAUGCGCAAGAAGACCAUGAAAACUGGAUUUGACUUCAACAUUAUGGUUGUAGGACAAAGUGGGCUGGGAAAAUCAACUCUUGUGAACACCUUAUUCAAAUCCCAAGUGAGUCGCAAGUCUUCAGGCUGGAACCGGGAGGAGAAGAUCCCCAAGACAGUAGAAAUCAAAGCGAUUGGGCAUGUUAUUGAAGAAGGUGGUGUCAAAAUGAAGUUGACAGUUAUUGAUACACCUGGAUUUGGUGACCAGAUCAACAAUGAAAACUGCUGGGAACCCAUAGAGAAAUAUAUCAAUGAGCAAUAUGAGAAAUUCCUGAAGGAAGAAGUGAAUAUUGCAAGAAAGAAACGAAUCCCAGACACAAGAGUUCACUGUUGCCUCUACUUUAUCUCUCCUACAGGUCACUCCUUGCGACCUUUAGAUAUGGAAUUCAUGAAACAUUUGAGCAAAGUAGUCAACAUCAUCCCAGUUAUUGCCAAGGCAGAUACCAUGACCCUGGAAGAGAAGAUAGAGUUUAAACAGAGGGUCCGCAAGGAAUUAGAAGUCAAUGGAAUUGAAUUUUAUCCCCAGAAAGAGUUUGAUGAAGACCUUGAAGAUAAGACAGAGAACGACAAAAUCAGACAGGAAAGUAUGCCAUUUGCAGUGGUAGGCAGUGACAAGGAGUAUCAAGUGAAUGGGAAAAGGGUCCUCGGCAGGAAGACACCUUGGGGAGUUAUUGAAGUGGAGAAUCUCAACCACUGUGAAUUUGCUCUACUCCGAGACUUUGUCAUUAGGACCCAUCUUCAGGAUUUAAAAGAAGUAACACACAACAUCCACUAUGAGACUUACAGGGCUAAACGACUGAAUGACAAUGGAGGACUCCCUCCAGUGACCGUAGAAACAGAAGAAAACCACGAAAGUAACCUGUGAAUGACCCAUCCUGUUGUCUGCUGUCUUGGAAUCAUAUCCACUCUUUCCCCAUCCCUUGAUUUGAAUUCAGGCCUCUCUUAGAAGCAUGUGGAAUACCCUUUGUGUGUGCAUAAGGGGGAAGAAUGUGGGAUGUGGCCCUCCACUUUCUCCAAACGUCCCCAUUUUGUUCUGUUAUUAUUAUUAUUAAUAUUAUUAUUAUUCAAAUUUUGUAUUUUGCACAGCAGACUCUAGUCUUCCUUUGUAUUCCAGUAUUCAGUUGUGCAUCCUGAUUGUGGGAAAUGUUUGGGGUAUUUUGGAAAUGGUAAAAUCUCUGGGGCACGUGAAAUGCUUCCAAAGAGGAGGGAAAAAAUGAGAUCAGUGAGGGGUGUUGUGAGCACUAUGGAGGAAUCAGAAAGCCAUACUUUGGAUGCAAGUGUCACUGGUCUGGAAGAGAUUGGGUUGCUUUGCACUGUGAUAGUUGGUUUGUGUCAUAGAUUCACUUCUCAACAUAGAAGAAGGAAAAAUAGAUUUUAGACUGGCAUUUAAGCACUGUUGUGUGGUAGUAAGUGCCAGUGAAAUUGAUGCGGGGAUUUGUUGCCAGGCAAAUGUGUUUAAUUAGAAAUAAUGUUUCAGUGUGGAAAGAUGGAUUUGGGUUUCUUUGUUUUCUGUCAAAAGACUGAUUGGAGACAAAGCUGUAGAGAAAGAAAGAAAAAAGAAUUGACAUUUGAUCUGUAAGUAAUAGUUUUCUUGGUGUAGAAAAAAAGUAUUUUGCAGAAAGAAACAUUUCAGACUGUGGUGCAAACAAUUUUUGUUAGGUACAAAGACCACCUUUAAGUCAUCAUUACAUUGUCCGAUCUCUUGGUUCUGCUAUUAGAACUGCCCUAAGAGCGCUUUAUAGAGUUGCCCUAAGAAUGCUUUAAAUAAAGAUACAUCACUCUGACAGUCCUUUUUGGAUUGUUGCAGCAGGUAGAAACAUGACAAAUAGGACAUGUUCCAAUUGUGCCUUUCUCCCUCUGACUCAUUGACUAUGAGGGGAUAGCUUUCUGCUAAGCAGAGAACACCGUGGGAUGGGCCUAUUACCCCUCCCCACCCAAGAGGUCCCUACAUACUAUACAGGGAGAGGUCAAACAGCAUGAAGAGGCUACUGAGGACACAAUAUAGCAUUCUUAUUCUGACUUUACUCAUGAUAGGCUUUGCCCAAGUAGCCUACCCAUGGGAUUGCUGACUUACUGCCAGUGACAGAAUAUAUCUUCUGAUAUCUUCUGUGUUUCAGAAAAUCUUGAUCCCAAGCUUUUUUUUAAAGAGCAAGUGCCUAGCUUCUGUGGCUCUGGAGAAAAAGUCUAAAGAUGUUUGGACAUCUGUGCGAAGCUUAGAAAGCAGAAGUGGUCUUGUAAUGUCACAAGGAUUUCACUGCCUUGGGCAAGUCCUGAAUAGUCUCUGUUCCACUCUGCCUUCCUUUAUUACACUCCAGAAAGUGAUCAUGAUACUUUCUGGGAUGUGAGAAACUCUGAACAGUAUUGCUCCUCCUUUCAAAGAAGAAACCACCCAUUCUCAUUUUUAAACAUUUAUACAUCUUUUAUCAACAACAGGUUCAUUCAUUGGGCAAGUUGAGAUAGCUGCCUAAGAGAGCAGGACACAAAAUGAGGCUGCUCCCCACUUCUGGGAGUAUCCUCACCACUUCUUUCCCCCUGCUCUUAUUGCCUCACCUGAUCUCCUUUGCUUCACUUGACACUGCCAUAUCUCCUUCCCUGGCAUCCUGUCUUUUGCCUUCUAAUCCAUCUUCUUUUACUACUUCCUCUUCCCUUACCUCACCUCAAGCCACAGCCUGCAUGUUUUCCCUAAAAUGGCUAUUGUGUUGGAUGAGGAGCAAGGGAAAAGGGGGCACAUGGAGGGAGGAAGAUGAUAACAGCAAGCAAAGAUAAACCAGAAUGAGUGCUAGAGAGAGUCCAAGGACCUGAAAUGGCUUAAGGCUACAACAGGGUAUACCUACACUUCAAUGUAAUGUUUAGCAUGCAGCAAAAUCAAGGUUUAUUUUUUUGAAUCCCCUGCCCCCAAAUACAUAUUUUAGAGCUGUAGUUGGUUGAAUCUAUGGAUGAAAAAUCCAUGGAUGUAGAGGGCUGGCUAGUCAAAACACUUUUUUGGUGAUUUCUAAAUCUCAUUGAAAAGGCUAAGGCAAGAGGUGCUCUAAGGCCCUUCCAAGCGGAUUUCCUACUCUAGGGACCCAGAUCUGUUCAAGUUGAUGACCACAUACCAGAUACACAUGCUUUUGCAUAUAUACACAAAAACAUAAGAAAAGCCAAUCUAGAGCAGACCAAAGACUCCAGAACACUGUCCACACAGGGAUCAACCAGUUGCAUACAGGAACCACACAAGCAGGGCAUGAAGGCAACUCUGUCUAUCUGCUCAUGUUUCCCUGCAGCUGAUACUAUCUGCCUUUGAAGCCAUCCAAUAUGGAUUUGUACCCUUUUUAAAAGCUAUCCAAGUUCGCAACCCUUAACUGCACAUUGCGGUUAUAAAUUCCACAAUUUAAUUAUUUGCUAUGGUGGUAAAUUCUACGAUUUUGUUAUUUCUAGCUCUACAGUAUUUUUUUCAGCUAUUAGAACUAUACACGGCAUUUAUAGUAUGGCCACACUUUGGUUUUGUAUAAAAGAUACAUAGUAUUGGCAGUUUUAUUUUUGAUUUCUAAUUAUGCCCAUCAUGAAAUCUGGCCCUUUUUUGGUGGGGGGGAGGGGAUGGGGGACUCACUUGCACAAUACACUGGUUCCAUAUUUUUACCAGUUUGGAGAAAUAAGUUCAGAGCUCUGCCAGUUGCGGCAUACUGUCCAAUACUAACAAGACAGUAAGACAAAUGUACUAUAUAGUAACUUUGGGGAUUUACAUUUAUGAUUGUCAGUGACCAAAUGUGGCCUCGAAAACCUACUCCUUGAGCCAGACAGCUGAAGGGUUAUGAGGCACUGCAGAUCAAGUUGUUGGGAAAUGACAAUCACAGUGCUUUUCUGACCAUAAAGCAUUUUGAGACAUGCAGCUCUGGUAGAACCCCAGGGGUCCCUCCAGCUCCCUCCAGCUCAAUGCAGUUUGCAAUCAGGAGAGCAAUGUACCAUAGUUGACAUUUCCCAGCAUCCUGAUCUGCAGCACCUUGGAAACUCCUCCUUCGGGGUUUUUGCCUUGACUUAAAAGCUAAGCCUUUUGACACAUGGCACUGGCAGUUAUGACAACAGAGCACUGUCAUUGUAGCCUACAUCUGAUGAUACAGGAGCUCGUUUCAGUUUUAAUCAAUUGGUGUCAUCGGCAGACUUAGCCACCUCGCUGCUCACUUGUCAUUGAUUAUAUAUGAGCAAAUUUAAAAGCAUCAGGCCCAAUACUAGCCCAUGGUAAACCACACUGUAUACAUCUCUACAUUUUGAGAAAUGACCUCUUCUCUGUUUUCUACUGUUUAACAAGUUAGCAAUCCAUACAAGCAAUCCUCCUAUUAUUCCAUGGUUGCUAAGUAUAAUCAGGGUUCUUUGGUGAGGGACAUUAUCAAAAGAAUUUCAGAUGCCUAAGGGGUUUUUGUGUGUGUGUCAGGAGUGACUUGAGAAAUUGCAAGUCACUUCUGGUGUGAGAGAAUUGGCCAUCUGCAAGGAUGUUGCCUAGGGGAGGCCUGGAUGUUUGAUGUUUUACCAUCCUUGUGGGAGGCUUCUCUCAUGUCCCUGCAUGAGAAGCUGGAGCUGACAGGUGGGAGCUCACUCAGCUCUCCCUGGAUUAGAACCACUGACCUGUCAGUCAGCAGUCCUGCUGGCACAAGGAUUUAACCCAUUGUAUCACUGGGGGCUCCGAUGCCUAAGUAAAUAAUAUUGACCAGACCAACCCUCCACACUUGUUUAUUAAUACUCUCAUAUAGCUCUGAAAUAUUAGAGAGACAGAACCUAUCUUUGCAGGAACCAUGCUUAUGGAUUUCCAAUGGGUUUGUUAUUCUAUGUUUAAAUUCACGAAGUGAGACUUUUCUUCCUUAGAUAACUAUCCUCUAUUGCUUGAAGAAAACCCAUCUAUACAGCAGGGAUGAAAAAGUGUUACCCUUUAGAUGUUGACAGACUCCAAUUCCCAUGAUCCUUCCCAACUAGCUGUGUUGGCCAUGGAUAAUGGCAAUCUAGCAAAAUCUGGAAACACAUUUCUUCCUUACCCCCAGUACAAGGUGUUUUCAGAUGGAGAACUCCUAGUGUUACCAAUCAAAACAUACUGUGUAACUGUUCUGUCUUUUCCUCUUUGUGAUAUUUUGUCAAAAUAAAAAAUAUGGAAGAAAUGUUUAUAAAACAUGUUACAGGAUGGGAAAUGAUGAUGUCUGGAUCUCCUGUAAAAUUUUGUGAAUGGGUUAGGAUACUUGUGGAAUUAAAACCCCAUCUGGAACCACCCACUGUACUUAUGCCACUUCCACAUUUAUUUCCAUACUGAUUUAACUGUUUGCUAACAGACAAUAUUCAACAGAAACAUUCUUAGUUUAGCAUGUGUAGACUUAUUGGUUUCAAAUUCAGUCCACGGAUCCUAGGAUUUUGAAAAAAAAGGUCUUACUGUUCCUUGUGAUCUGCCUUCAAGAAAACACAUAACUGAGACAGGCUUUUAUUUUUAAUGUAUUUAUAUUCUACCUUAUUUCUUUAUCUAUCUAGCUCUGCCAUCGAGAGGCCAGUGAGAUCAGUAGGCUAUGAAUAUGCUUAACCAAACAUAAUUUAUGCCAUGAAUGAAAUGAGCUUGUUGAUCUUAAUCUGGCCAAGAGGAUUUUUGUGUAUGAUUUUCAAGAGUGAGAUCUAAUUUCAUGACAUAUCUGAAGAUCUGUAAAGCCAUAAGGGUCAUUUAUUACUGUAAUAGCUGCAGGAAGUGCAUGUUAUUACUAUAGUCUUCUUUAUGAUAACGAUUAUUGCUGUAACAUAGUAGUUAGAAGCAUUGUAAUUUUCUUUAAAAUGUAGAAACAGCGUAGUUCUCUACAUGUCCUCUCAGAAGUGAAUUCCACAGAGUGGCUUGCUCUAAAGUAAGUGUGUAAAGGAUGGCAGCCUAAAUGUUCCAAUGUAAUAACAAAAGCAUUGGCAUAUAGCUUGGGGAUAGGAAUGAUAAUCAGGAUAACUGUGUACAUCAGAAGAGGUUAUCAGAUAUUCUUGAGGUACUUUUUUAGAGGUCUUUUCAGUAUCAUGUUGGUCUUCCCAUAUACAUAAGCAUCACUGGACAAAGCAGGACAUUUCUAGAAGGUCUGCUUCUAUAUCUGCUCUUGCUUGCUUUGUUGGGAGUCAAAGUAGAGGAAAUGGGCUAAAGGAGUUAUACAGUGUUCCCGUGCUACUUCGCGGUAUGCUUUUCGCAGACUCACUAUGUCGUGAGUUUUUGCCUCCCAGUUUAUGAAUGGUUGCAGUUACCCAGAGUGGCAUUCUAAUCCCACCGCCUGGCAACGAUGGAGUGAAAGGGGGUUUCACCCUCCCCCUCGGGAGAGAGGCAGCCAAUCAAGAGGGAUUGCAAAGCAAAGCAGAGAUAGCUAGCAAGGCAGAGAUAGCUGCCUCACCCUCAGAACUUGAUAUACAUAUAUAGUGUCCCUACUUAGUGGAUUUUCACUUUUUGUGGGUAGUCCUGGAACGUAACACCCGCGAUAGGUGAGGGAACACUGUACUACCUUUCAACCUGCAUCAGCGCUGUUUUGUGUAACAUGUUAGUUAGGAAAGCUUUCAGAAUGGUGCUGGAAUUCAGGCAUAUCAGUUGUUUCUUCAUCUACAUUCAAGCAAAAAAACCUUUUCCAAAAGCAAGGAAAAGUCUUUUUUUAAAAAACAUUCUUUCCUGGAAAUAUUGCUUAUAUAUCCAUCCUUCUGUUUUGUUAGUAAUCGAGUAGCAAUGUUGCUUGUGGUCAUUUCAACCUCUGUCAACCAUCUGUCUCAAAUGUCCACUAAUUUAAUGCAGUAAACUAAGCCUUUUUGGUAGAAAAUCUUUCUAAGCAAAAAUGUUAACCUUUUCUAAGAUCUGCAGUUUUAAUUUAUGUUUAUGGUUUCCCUUUCCAUAUCAACCAACCAAUUCAGAAUAUCAAGAACAAUCUACAGCUGAAAAUGUAUUUCCAAAAUAUGUUCCAGUUUGGACUACUGCAAACAGUUCAACUGUCUUAUGGAGAAUCCUAAACGUUGCUUAAAUUACAUUCAAAUUGCAUUUUGUGGGUUCUUCCAUGAGUAUGUUUUCAAACAGACUGAAGCUAAAACAUCAUAUAUGGAAGUGCCUAAAAAUAUCUGCACUGGAUAGAAACAAAAUUAACAAAUUGUUUGUGUAGACUUGCAAUCUAAAAAAUAAGAGACAAAAGGAGAAGGGAGAGGGGGAAAUGGAAAGCUAUGGACUAGCUAAACUACAUUAAAAGCCAAAACCAAAUAGAAUAAAGCAAAACUAUGCAAUAAUUAACCCAGGAGUAGGAAAAAGCAUAAAAUGAGUUAAUUAGAACAUCAAGAAAUAAAUUAAAAAGGGAAUUUCUAAUGAUUUCUUAAAAUAGGAUAGGGAAGGCAAGUGGACAUUGAAAAGAAUUUCAAUGCAAAAAAUAAUAGCACAUUAAUUGCUAGUAUUUUAAUGUUCUUCAGUUACAGUUUUGCUCUGUAAUUUUAUCAAAUUACUGUUACAUUACAACUUUUUUUAAAAAAAAUGUACGCUGCCUCAGAAGUACAACUGUACUCUGAAAAGUUCGAUUUUAAAAAAAUGUUCCAAGGCAGAGAGAUAAGAAAUAACACAAAGGGAAUGGAAGUACUCUAAGAAUGUUUAAUUCAGAGGUAGUCAAAAUACAUUUCCCCUCCUGAGGUCUGCAAUCCCUCCCAGUAUUUUUAAAUGGUAUUUUUUCCAGUUCUGAAGGAUUCCAGGAAGGGCAGUUUCACUUGUAAUUGAAGUGUAGGUCUCCCAAAAGCAAUGUCAAAGUAAAAAAGUAAUAUUGAAGGGGGAACCUUUAACCACUAUUUCAUUUUUGGGACUGCUGUAGGUGCCAUCAGAUAUUAAACGAGAUUUGGGAGAGUAUUGGAUCCUAUAGCUACACCUCUGUUUUAGGGUUUAAUGAAGGAGAAAUGAUUUAAACAUCUCCUGAGAAUUGUAUCUUGUAAAUUUUUACCCAGUUUUGCCUAAAGCAAAGUUUACAAGUAAUUUGAAAGCAUAAAGUGAUGGAUUUGAAGAACUCAAGUGAAGCCAUAAAUAUUCCAAUAAAGCUUGUGUAAUAUUUGUGGGGUGUCACAUAUAUCUUGUUGUCACCACACUAUGAGCCACUCAAAUCCAGAUUUAUGAUGUCGAUUGGCAAUAUUCUCCAAGUUACCAUUGAACAUUAUGAAGUACUUUGCAUUAUUUUCUAUUACUUGCAAUAAUGAAGAAACUGCUAUACUCUGAGAAUUAUUCCCACAGAAUAAAUUAAAGUAGGGUGGACUUGGCAGCUGUCACUCAAGCCUUGCCUGCACUCAUAUGGCAACAAGUUGAAUUUGACCAAGGCUUUGAAUGUCUUUAAUGUCUAGCUAUUUAAGAUUUUUUAAAUGUCAAGUAUGGUGUGUUUAACAUCAUAAUUGUAAAUCCAGUUCAUUUGAUGGUGACAUUUACUAACAAUAAUGCAAAAUAUACAAGGCAGUGAUGCUGUUGUCCAGUUAAGGUGUGGUGUACUUCAGACCAGACAUGGAAAAAAGACUAGAUUCGUGCUGGUGUAAAUUCUUCCAACUGUGUGUUUUACUUUGGGGCCACCAGUUUCAAGACUCUGAAAGUCUGGUCUGUGUAUAUCAAAAGAGUAUUAAUGUUGAACAAUUUUUGCCUGUUUCACUCUAAAGAAGUAACAUCCUCUUGUUUUUUUAAUUUACUUUCAGCACAGAUUAGAUUUAAAAUCCCAUCUUUAUGCUGAACUGAGCAGAUCCAUUUACCUUAAAAGACUUUCUCAUCUACUUACUAGCCUAUCUAUUUGUCUAAUAUAGUAAAUGCUGAUUGCAAUGGGGGAAAGCAAAGGUUUGCAUGCACUCCAUGCCAGUGUGGAUCUUUUUAUCUUUUUGGAUUGAACUGCGGGAGUAUCAGGUGUUCAUCCUCUUUGGCAGCAGGCAGCAACUGAUAUUGAUUAUUAUAAAACUGUAUUUUAAUUCUUCCAAAACUCCCCUAAUUUAAAUGAUACUCAGAGUACACUUAGUGCUUCUGUAGCACUCUGCUCUCUAUUAAUAUGAUGAUCACUGAAAUUGUAUUAUUGCUAUUAAGAUAGCAAUAUAUUGGUUUCCCACUUGUAUGUUUUUAUUCUGUGAUGUUUUACAUGGAUCUGUAUUAUAAUAAUAUAUCAUAAAAGAGAAACAGGCACGCACAAUAAGAAGACAACAAUAGAAUCUACUGUGGCUUCUGCAAAUCCCACACUGAAAUUGUGUAUACUGAGAUAUACCUGGAUCGUUUUGGUACUGUAAUUAAGAUCCUUUUGGAAGCAAGUUAAUGGAAGAUUGAUCAGCAAGUUUCUGUUUUCUGGCAGAGAAACAAACGAAAGCAUGAACAAGGUCUAGAUCCUUUUAAUACCUCUAUCCCAUGAAAGUAUCAUGAUGAAGUCCUCUACUCAUCUGUCCAGCCCUUAUUGAGAAAAAUGACAAAAAAACAAAACAUACCAGUGAUGUAAAUGUUGCUAGACUUAACUUUCUGUAUUCUGUUGUCUGAUUAAAAUGAAGUUAUUUGAA